AUGUAGGGCAAAUUACUAUUUAAAGGUUAGGCCGCUCCUAAGGGUGCUGCUGCAGGAGCAAAUACAAAGGAUAACAAUAGAAUGGAAGAAGAAACUAAAACAGAAGAACUUAAUAAUAAUUUGCUUCCUUGGGUUGAAAAAUAUCGUCCUAAUAAAAUUGAAGAAGUCAGCUACUAAGAGGAAGUAAUAAAGUCUCUCUAAGGUGUUUUAUUAUCAGGAAAUCUACCUCACUUGAUUCUACAUGGACCUCCUGGUACUGGUAAAACUUCAAGUAUCCUUGCCUUUGCAAAGCAACUUUACGGACCAACUUUUUACAAAGAGAGAAUCUUAGAAUUAAAUGCAUCUGAUGAUAGAGGUAUUCAAAUAGUCAGAGAUAAAAUAAAAAAAUUUGCACAAUAAGUUGUCUCUAAGAAUCCAGAUAAAUCAUUUAAAUGCCCAAAUUUCAAAAUUAUUAUUUUGGACGAAGCAGACUCAAUGACUACAGAAGCUCAGUCAGCUUUAAGAAGAAUCAUUGAAGACACCUCUUCAACCACUCGUUUUUGUAUUAUCUGUAACUACAUUACUAAGAUUAUAGAACCAUUAGGUAGUAGAUGUGUCAAAUUCAGAUUUAAACCUAUUCCACUUGAAGCUUAAAUAACUAAACUAGAAGAAAUAUGUAAAACAGAAGAUAUUGAAUAUGAAAAGGAAGCUCUUGAAAAAUUAAUUAAAAUAUCAAACGGUGAUUUGAGAAAAAGUGUAAAUCUUCUAUAAUCUGCAUCUACUUUGUAUGAAAAGGAUAUUAAAGUUGAAGUUAUUGAAGAAAUUUCAGGAAGUAUUCCUGACAAUUAAGUAUAGAAAUUAUAUAAACUUCUUAUUGGCAAGGAUUUUGAUAAAUUAAAAGAAGGAGUUAAAUAGUUCUUAUACUAAGGGUAUUCUCCUGAUUAAUUACUUUACUAAUUCUCAGAGUAUAUCAUUAGUUCUAAAGAUUUCAAUGAAGUUAAAAAAGCUAGAAUCCUUGAAAAAAUUGCAUUAGCUGAUAAAGGUUUAAACGAAAGAGCAGACUCUGAGUUGCAAAUAUUAAACAUGUUCUCAAGCUGUCUUUCUGUUUUACAAAAUCCUGAUACUGAUUUAAAGAAAAAGUGA